AAAAAGAUCUCAGGGAACGGGGCUGCACAAAUUUCUUAGGAAGUGAAGAUGCAGUGGAUGAGUUGUAUCGUCUGUCUGUUCGGCAUUGUGUUAAUGUCCAGCGGGGUGGCGAUACCGAAGGAACGAAUCGUCGAGAGAAAAUUGAGCGAUGAACUUCAUUACCGUGGAGCCGAGCAUAACCUUGAUUAUGAUCACGAAGCUUUUCUUGGUGAAGAAGAGGCGAAAGAGUUCCAGGAUUUGAGUCCGGAAGAAAGUCGAGAGAGGCUAGGAAAACUAUUUGACAAGAUUGACGAGAAUUCCGAUGGGGUUAUUGACAAGGCUGAGCUUCAGAAGUGGAUAAAACACACGCAGCACAGGUUUGAAUCUUUACAGUAUCCGUAUUCCGCCCAAUUGGGAGGUCUUUCUCUCUAUCUUGUGAGUAAAAAGAGGAAAAUUUCGAAUUCCAGAUACAUUGACGAAGAUGUGAAUCGACAAUGGAAAUCUCAUAGCACAGACGGCAGCGAACUCAUUCCCUGGGAACAGUACAAAAAAAUGGUAAGGAAUAAUUUUCAGUCCGUAAAUGAAAGUCAACAUUGGUUCCUCUUCAAUCAAGGCAUGUCGGAAGAUGAACUCAAGGGAAGUGAUGGAGAAACAUACGCUGAGAUGAUGCGGAAAGACAAACGCCGCUGGGACAAGGCGGAUAAAGAUGGGGACGGAAGCCUUUCAAAGGAAGAAUUCGGGGUUUUUUUGCACCCCGAGGAAUCUCCGGAUUUGCAGGAUAUUGUUGUUGCCGAAACUAUGGAAGACAUCGACAAGAAUAAGGAUGGAAAGAUCACCUUGGAAGAAUAUAUUGGAGAUUUGUUCCACGGUGAACCGGGAGAAACUGAGCCUGACUGGGUGACUCAGGAACGUGAACAGUUCAAAGAAUUCCGAGACAAAAACGGAGAUGGAUAUCUCGACGAGGAUGUAUGUUCGUUGAUUCUCAUUGGCAUCAUAUAUUUCUCCCCAGGGAAAUGCGUGGUGUUACAUUCGAAUUGUGCGAAAAUUUUGCGCGGUAAUGCAGUGGAUGAGUUGUAUCGUCUGUCUGUUCGGCAUUGUGUUAAUGUCCAGCGGGGUGGCGAUACCGAAGGAACGAAUCGUCGAGAGAGUGCUUUAUUUCAUCUCAUGUCUCCGUAUCUCCAGAAAUUGAGCGAUGAACUUCAUUACCGUGGAGCCGAGCAUAACCUUGAUUAUGAUCACGAAGCUUUUCUUGGUGAAGAAGAGGCGAAAGAGUUCCAGGAUUUGAGUCCGGAAGAAAGUCGAGCGAGGCUAGGCAAACUAUUUGACAAGAUUGACGAGAAUUCCGAUGGGGUUAUUGACAAGGCUGAGCUUCAGAAGUGGAUAAAACACACGCAGCACAGAUACAUUGACGAAGAUGUGAAUCGACAAUGGAAAUCUCAUAGCACAGACGGCAGCGAACUCAUUCCCUGGGAACAGUACAAAAAAAUGGUGAGGAAUAAUUUUCAGUCCAUAAAUGAAAGUCGACAAUGGUUUCGCUUCAAUCAAGGCAUGUCGGAAGAUGAACUCAAGGGAAGUGAUGGAGAAACGUACGCUGAGAUGAUGCGGAAAGACAAACGCCGCUGGGACAAGGCGGAUAAAGAUGGGGACGGAAGUCUUUCAAAGGAAGAAUUCGGGGUUUUUUUGCACCCCGAGGAAUCUCCGGAUUUGCAGGAUAUUGUUGUUGCCGAAACUAUGGAAGACAUCGACAAGAAUAAGGAUGGAAAGGCUGAAGCGACUCAUCUCAUCUACGAGGCUGACACGGAUUCCGACGGAAAGUUAACGAGGACUGAGGUCUUGGAUAACUUCGAUUUGUUCGUCGGUUCUCAGGCAACUGAUUUCGGAGAAUAUCUGUCUAGACAUGACGAAUUCUAG